GAAGACAGAGCAACGACCUUUGGUACCACCUCUGCAUGUAACUUUUAUGUUGGUUAAUAGUAUUACACGUAUCACCAAGGAAUCCGACACCAUCCUGUGAGGUUGCCACAUGCAUGAUCUCCAAUGCCACUGUUUGUAAGUUUGUGAAUUUUUUAAUGGUUCCAUUCCAUCACAAAACAGUUGAACCUGAGUCCUAUUAAAUCAGUUUGAGAGGGGAGCACAAGCUGAAGAACCACUGAACUAACUAAAAAAAAAUGUUGGCGGCGUUUGCAAAAGCCAUUGGAAAACCACCGGAGGAACUGAGGCUUCCGGCAAUGGGGUUCAACAAUUCAAAGACCCCACAAGAAAUUGUAGAGAAAUUUCGAUCUGUGUGGCCGGAGUCUGCAGUUUACAACCUUCCACACGGGAAUUUUAUGGCUCUGUCCCAUGAAGACGAAAGUCCAAUACACCCCAGGUCUGUUGUUGUUUUGGAUGAUAUCUUCUGCAUUUUUGUGGGAGCUCUAGAAAACAUUGCUGAUCUUAGGCAUCAUUAUGGCCUUCCAAGACAAGCAACAGAAGCCAUGAUUGUGAUUGAAGCAUAUAAGGUUCUAAGAGAUCGAGCCCCCUACCCUCCUGACCAAGUUGUUAGACAUCUUGAUGGAAAAUUUGCAUUCAUCAUCUUUGAUUCCAGGACUUGUACUCUUUUUAUAGCCAGGGAUCGUGAUGGAAGUGUGGAAUUUCAAUGGGGAAUGGCAAGAGAUGGAUCCUUAAUCUGUUCCGAUGACCGUACAAUCAUCAAAGAGGGAUGUGGACAAGCUUGUGGAAAUUUUCCUCCUGGGUGCAUUUUCAUCAACGGAAGUGGGUUGACAAGCUUUGAUCAUCCACUGCACAAAGUUCGAGGAGUUGUGCAUGAAGAUGACAGUGGAAAUAUCUUAAGUGUAUAUUUUCAGGUGGAUUUGUACACAAAGAUUCCCAGCAUUCCUCGAACUGGAAGUGCAGCUAACUGGGCCGAUGCUGCUGCUGCUGAAGUCAAGGGAGAAUAAUCUGAUCACUCUACUCAAAAAAGUAUAAUCUAAUUCAAACUUGGUAUAACAAUAACUAAAAAAGAGCUUUAGCCAUUUCAUCCCCAAGUAAUAAGAUUUACAGUGUAGACACUGCAAAACUUUCUACUGUAGUUCCUAGCUAAUGUGUGUUGCUUCUAUGUUAAAGACUACUCUUCAGUUUUUUUGUAACUUCGUAAGCAAUGCCGGUUUCUUUAAUUUAGUCACUUCUUUUUCUUU